AGCAGAAAAACAGGAAAAUGAAUGAAUGUGUUCGCGCCAUCGUAAACUACGGAAACAGGCGAAUAUUUCACCAAAGAAAUUUUUGACUUUUGUGAAAUGUAAGUUAAAUGUAUCUCUCUACUCAACAAGAGACCACGACAUUAAUGUUAUAGUGGAACUUUUCCAUAAAAAUAAAAAUACCCAGCGAAGUCAAAACAAAUAUGGCGGACCCUGUGGCCAAUGUUAUUGAUAUGAAUGGAACGCAUGUUCUAGAAAAUGGAACCAUUAUAUCCACCCAGGACAUCGACGGAUCUGUUGUAAACGGAGUUGGGGUAACAGAUGAGGAUAUUAUCCAACAAGCUUUGGACGAAGCGACGGGGACAUUCGUACAAAGUGGCAUGGGGUAUGCCAGUGGGACGGAUCCCGAGGCGCGUGUCGAGGAAGAACUCAUUGCUAGCGUGGUCACCUCAGAGGCGUUCGUCACUGCUGAUGAGAUAAAUGGUGACAGUGACCAGCUGGUGACAGAAGAUGCGUCCAAUACAGCGUUUGAUGGAACAACAAAUGACAGCAUUAACGAUCAACUGGUGGUGAAUGCUUUUAAUAGUGAAAGUGUGGCCCAAAGUGAGGAUAGCUACUCAAACACUGAAUAUGCACUUGUGAAAAAUGAAUCAGACUUUGCCACAGCAGCAAUGACUGCUGUGACUCUUCCAGAACAGGGUUUGACAACAGGGGACCCCAAUGUUACCAAUGACGCUAUGUCAACCACUGUCCAAAAUAACGUCUUGAAACUAGACUCUGCUUCAGGCAGAAUAAGUUUGACACUGAUGCCAUCCAAUCAAGCUAGUGGCGCUCCACUGGGAUCUAGUCAAAAUCCAAUCCGCAUCAUCCAGCAGGGAAAUCAAUACACACCCAUGCAGAAUCUGUCCACCGAGCAACUCCAACAAAUAAUGCAAGUCGUUCAACAGCAACAGGUCACAAAAACGUCAGAAGAAGGGUCAAGUAUUCUGUUCAAUCCUCAGACAAAUACAAGGAUAGUUUACAGGGUCAUUUACCCUUCAGAACUCCAUAAAAAUGCUCAAUCUUCAACUCUCAGUCUAAAGACAGGUGGAGCAAGGAAACAUUCACAAGGGCAGCAAACACAAACUCUGAUUCUGAAAGACGGUCAAAGACGGCCGUACAAGAAAAGAAUGAUAGAGGAUGAUGAAGAUCGCCUCAAUGGGCCAGAUCUAUCUCGAGAGGAAAAAGAGGAGCGAAAGAAACACCGCCCACGUACACGAUCAGGGAGGAUUUCAAAACCUCCUAAACACAUGGUGAAGGACUACAAACACAUUCAUGUGUUGGAUUUUGAGGAGGAAGAGGCGGCGGAUGAUUCGGAUGGAGGAUACUCGGACUAUAAAUACAGCGAGGGUGAGGAAGAAGAGGAUGAUCAUGUGAUUGAUGACCAAGACGAGAGCAGCCUCGACAUGGGUUUGCCCACAUCAGGAAAACCAAAGAACUUUCAGUGCUCUGUUUGCAAUAAGGCAUACAUAGGACAGGGAAGCCUAGAGCGACAUUAUAGACUGAACCCAGACCAUGCCCCCGACGGUCAGCAGAUAACAACACAAGGAAGUUAUUUUGGGAGUGUGUCCCAUAAUGGAUUUUCCAAUGCUGGGAACAUGUCUGAGGAUAGCAAUACACAGGACUCUACCUCCAGCACCCCACCUCGACCCCCCUCCACCCGGGGAUAUUACCAGAGGCGGGGAGGGAGCAGGGGUAGGCCACCUGGGCCAAACUCAGCCAUCAGACGCAGAUCUAAACUUAAAGAGUUGAUAUCCAGCUGUUCUGAUGAGGAUCUGAUUGACCUAGUUUUACCUCGGAUUGCUAAAGUUUUCACUCUCUGGGACUUCCUCCUCCUCAAGGUACAGAAAGGUGUGCCAAGACGACCUCACGCUGACCUCAUUUACAAUGAGUUCAAAACACUCGCCAAGGAAGUGAGGGAAGUCUGUAAAACUUUUAUGCAGCCCAGCACAGAGAAAAGCCAGAACAUUUUGAAGGUUGAGGAUGAGAAGCUUGCAGGUGCUGUAGGACUGGAGGUUGGUGGGUAUGAGAUGAAAGAAAUGCCUGCAACCCAGGAAUCAGUGACAUUCCCUGAGCAUGCCGCUAUGACACUCAACUCGGUGAACACUCCUGUGAAACGCAAUCUAAACACAGUGAUUAAAGAAGAAAUUUCUUCUCCUGCAAAGAAAUUUAAACCCUCAAUGUCAGCAGCAAUUGCUUCCUCUCCUUCCUCCUCAUCAUUAUCAUCUCAAAAUUCUUCAAACAGCAACACCUUCCCCAUUGUUAAUCCAAGUUCUACCACCACAACCAAUAAAAAGAUAACCAUCUCCACCAGUGACGCUGCAAUAAGUAGUCUUGGAAGAUCUUCCACCCAACCUCCCAUAGUCAUCCAUCCAAUUUCUCCUUCCACAAUGAGCAAGGCAGUGGCCAAAGUCAAAUCUCAAGGCACUGCUGCCUUGUCCUCUACCAUUAACUCUCAGAAACUUCUAAUUUCUCAGUCCCAACCGUCCGCCCCUAUCAUUGUGCAGUCCGUACCUGCUCGAAGUCGACAUCAACCAACCAUUGCAAGUGGGUCACCGGUGGUGGUGCAGAACGUGCCACAGCCCGUUUUCUCUGGAGGAGUUAGCCUUCUGAACAAAGUGAACAAGGCCCCUACGAUUUCUCCAGCAGGAGAGACCAAGAUAGUAAGGAUUGUGUCCCCUGAGGGGCUCGUCAUCAGUGAAACCCCGAUCAGUAAAACUUCAACAGUCACUCAUUGUCAGGACAGUGAAAGUACCAAAAAUACUGUUACUUCCACUCCAUCUGUUGUCAUUCAGAACAACAGCAUUGUGGAAAAUUUGACUGUCGUCCCAUCGGAAUCUGUGACUUUGCAAACCACUGAUAAUUCUGUGUCGUCACUGGCAACUACCAGUGCUGAUAUUCAUAUAACCAACAAUGAUGAAGAGAGUUUUGUGACAACUGACUUCAUUGGUUCCACACCUGAGGGAUCUGUGAAUUUGAUGACAGCUGAAGUUGUUAGUGAUAACGGAAGUGCUCAGGUUGUGGAUGAAACUUCACAUGUUAUGGUGGAGGCGAGCAUGGAGGACGGAUUACAGAACCAAGAAGAAUUGACUCAGUUAGUGGAUGAAUCCACAUUGGAGGAGGCAGGAUUUCAAGCCAAUCAAAUAAUAACUGCAUCUAAUAUUUAUCAAACCCCUGAUGGGUUCAUCAUUAUACAGAAUGAAGAUGGCAGCACUGUGCAGCUCCAGGGAGGGGACGGGGAACCGAUUCCUCUGGAGACGGUACAGGCCCUUCUAGCGAUGGACACAGACGGUCAAACAAUCCUACAGACGACGGAAUCGGAACUCAUCCCGGAAUAGUCGCAUCUCAGGAAUGAUGUGUUCAGAGUCCAUAACUAUUUAUAAGGUAACAGUCUUGUACAUUCAUACAUGUAUAUGGGAAGAAUUGUUUUAAUAGAUCUUAUGGAAUUUCAGUUUAGAGAUUUUUUGUUAUGUAUGAAUAAAAACAAAUCUUUUGUGUGUAAAGUUUAAUCAGUUAAAUUGUGAAACAAAGUAUUGUGUGUAAAGUUUGAACAGUAAUUGUUGUUGGUUGUUUUAUUAACACAGAUAUUGUGGUUCUACAUUAAAAACCAAUGUUUUGUUUUUUUAAGUAAAAAUUUUAGAUUUGUAUAUGUAGAUACAGUUUAACUUAAGUGUCUUGUAAACCAUUAUGUUGAUUACCAGUGAUAUGCAGAAAUCAGUCAAUGGCUGGUCUUUCUAUUGUUAUGAAAUUGACUCUAUACCGAAAUAUCUAGAUCCCCUGAAAUUUAUUGAAGCUUUUUUUUUAUCAAAAGCUCAAGAGAAUAUGAGUAUUGAUAUUUUAUUCUUCAGUAGCAUUUUGUUUUUUUAUACCCGUAAGUUUUCCAGUUCCAAUUCAUUAACUUUAUUGAAUCACCAGGAUUAAGAUAUUAAGCAAUAUCACUUUACAAUUUUUUGGGGGGUGGGGAGAGAGUGUAGUUGGGUAAGGGUAUAUCCAUGAGUUGCAGUUCUGCAACUGCAGAAAUUUAUUAUUAUCAGAUAAUAGAAAAAAUAAGAAUUAAAAAGUUCAAAGCUAAAAAAUUUUCAAGAUGUAAACUUUAUUUUUAAGAUGUCUGGAAGACGUAUGUUAGAUUAAGUUUAAAUUUUGCAAUAUUUGUUAUGUCUUAUGCAAUGUAUGUCUACAAGACUAGAAAAUAAAGAAAUUGCAAAGAUUGAGAAAAUUCCUCCAAACCUAAACAUUUUCAUGUUUACCGUAUGCCACACUUUCUAUAAAUAACUGUUAAUUAUUGGCUCACUAAAUAUGAUAUGGAUAAUCCACUGACUGUUUUCAUAACAAAAAAAUGAGAUAUACAAAAAAUUCAAAAACAAGUUGUUUUCAUAACUCUUCUGUCCACACCCAUAAAAGAGGUUUAGAUUCUAAUAUAGAAAUGAUAACUUUUCUUUACUGGACCAAUAUAUUUCUGUGUAAAAAUUACAGUUUUCUGUCAUUUUCUUCUCUCUUUAGAUGCAUGUAUACUUAUUGAGGUUUUAAUUGAUUUGAAUAUUUAUUUUACUAUUUAUCUGAAAUUGUAAAUAUGAAUUGAAAGUUUAUUUUAGGAAAUGUGCACAAAGGAAAUACAUAUUGUAUUUGAUAUUGUAAACAAAGUGUCAACAUAAUAUAUUAUAAAAGCCCAUUCCAUUGAUAGCCAUGGAAUAAAUUUCUUUAUUUAAUAGGAAAAUAGAGGUUUUGGAUAAGUGAAAUUAUGAUGUUUUAAUAUGCAUAUGCGUAGUAUAAUGGAAGUUUAUUUAUUACAUUAAUUUGCAUUCACUGACAUAAUUUGAUCAUGUGCAGCUACAUAAUGCUUUAUUUAUAAAUAGUGAUGACAGAUUGUCUAGUUACGUUGCCUGUAUGACAAGUGUAUUGAAAUUGGUAAGAAGAGGAUAAUAAAAACAUCUCACUAUU